AUGAAGCUCUCCAUCUCGCUGCUUGCCUCAACCCUUGCCAUCGGCGCUUUCGCCGACCUCCACUACACAGGCAUUUGUUAUGACUCCCCUGGAAAGGGCGUUUCAGUGUACAACAAAGACGCGACGGACAAGGCAUGUGCUGCAUACAAGAAGCGAAACACUGGCGACAAGCAGUGGGAUCAGUGCCCUGACUGCACCUUGUUGAGUGACCAGGAUCUCCUUUACUACUGCCAGUCCGAGGGGCAGCACAUUGGCGGAGAUGAAUUGAAUUACUACUGCAAGCAGAACGGUGCUGGAGGUAGCUUGGCCUGGUAA